GAUUCUGUGCGGCGUGUCGCUUUAUAGCUCAACUGUGAUGUUUCAUUGUAAACAUAAACACCGCCACUGGCGCUCUUUGAUCGUUUUACUUUUAAGUGCCGGAUAAUUAGCUAAUUUGUAGUGUGUGUUCAGGUUUCCUUGUGUGGUGGCUGCAUUCACUCAGCUCUCUGUCUGAUUCAAAAAGCAUCCUGUCACUUUUCAACCAAUGGAGCUGGAGGGCCAGUGGUGGAAAGGCCAACUUGCUGGAGAUAUAUACCAUGCUCUUCGCUACAAGGAGCUGAGAUUGCCUGUUUAUAAAGGUCAGUCCCCACAACUGAACCUCAGGCGCUACUUUGCAGACCUCAUAGCCAUCGUGAGCAACCGGUUCAGGCUGUGUCCUGCAGCUCGACACCUGGCCGUAUAUCUGCUGGACCUCUUCAUGGACCGCUAUGACAUCUCUGUGCAGCAGCUUCACAUGGUGGCUCUUUCUUGCCUACUUUUGGCUAGUAAAUUUGAAGAGAGAGAGGACCGAGUGCCUAAGCUGGAAUCCCUCAACAGCCUCACUUGCAUGAGCUCUAUGAACCUGGUGUUGACCAAACAGGGCCUAUUGCAAAUGGAGCUACUGCUCCUAGAGACCUUCCACUGGAAUCUAUAUUUACCCACUGCUGCACACUUUAUUGAGUAUUACCUGUCAAUUGCUGUCAGUGAAACCGAUCUACAUGAUGGCUGGCCAAUGGCAUGCUUGGAGAAGACAAUGUUGUAUAUGAACAAAUAUGCAGAUUACUUUCUGGAAGUCUCUUUGCAAGACCAUGCAUUUCUACGAUUUGCACCGUCAUUGGUAGCUGCUGCUUGUGUAGCUUCAUCUCGGGUAAUUCUGCAUUUGGCUCCGACCUGGCCACCUCGUCUACAGCGCCAGUCCACCUACACCUGGGAGCAGUUACUGCCCUGUGUGGAGAGUCUGCUUCUUGCCCACGAUAGUGAUGUAAAUGAAGCCAACAAACAGAAGUGCCAGCAGCAGCAGCCUGGUCCACAGCCAGGGCAAACCGUGUACUCAGCACAAAGCCAGAGUGCCACAGUAGCCCAGUAUGUCCACAGACCAGCCUUGCAAUACGCCCAGCAGAGCGGCCAACCUGUGCUGGUCUCGGCCCAUGCCUCAGGUGCCUACCUGUGCCACAGUGGUUCACUGCAGGUGUCUAGUGGCCCGUCACAUGGGCAAACACAACCACAGACAAUCUCUGUACCACUGGAUGCUAAGAUGAAGAUGCCGAAUAGGCCAUACCAGGUGAACUCUGUUUACUCAUGCACAGCACCGUGCUUCAACAGGUGAUGGACCCUGCCUACAAACAUAAAGGACAUUUAUGUGAAUAUGAAGCAAACUUUGGAAAAUUAUGGUAAUGCCAAGCUUUGCAUCUCAAGCUGGAUAAUUCAAGCUCUGAAUCCUGUUUUAAGAAUACAAAAAACACUGAAGUAAUGGACAUUGUGUUAAAUACUGUAAUAACUGGACAACAAGGUGCAAAGUUAGCAUAAUAUGCAAUUCUGAGAGACUUGCAUUUUUUUCAUUUUUGCAGAUUUUUCAUUUGUUUUGUUUUUUUGCACUGACGUUUUUUUUUAUAUAUAUAUCCUUGCUACUUGAUUAGAAAAAUACGGUGUGAUUUUUAUCAGCACCAACAAGCUUAUGCCAUUGAUAGCCAGAAUACCUCAAAAGCGUUGAAUGUAGGCCUGUUACCCUGUGAUGUUACAAAUGCACUUUGGUACCAAACAUUUUUAAAAUAAAUAAAAAUAUGUUGUACUAUUCUUGUACAACAUAUUUUGGUUGCAUUCUGCUUUAUUGAUCUGAUCCUGUUUUUUGAGCACUAAAAUAACAUGCGUUAUUACAAUUAUGGUGUGUAAUUGUAUUAAUGUAUUGACAUGGUAUUAAUGCCUUACA